AUUUCAGCUUUAAAUCUUCCUGGCAUGGUGCUGAGAGAUAUAUUAAGCCUAAAGUAAAUGGUAUGUUGGCGUUAUAUCUACAGUGUAUGAUACGUCUCAUUAUCGACACGAAGACACUAGACCCCCGUUAACUUACUCAUGUCAACUGUAACACUUUGUGAAGCUACCUUAGAGCGAAAUGGUUUUCAAACUAGUCGCUGUCGGUGACGAAGGGGUUGGGAAGACCUGUCUCCUGUCUGCGUCCGAAGGUUCCUCUCUCCCUGCAGAGUACACUUCUACGUUGUUUGACCAUUACACUUCCGUAAUCAUCGUCGACGGCGAGCCUGUAACCCUGGGACUCUGGGACACGGCCGGGCAGGAAGACUAUGACCAUCUCCGCUCCCUGGCCUACGGCCAAACUGACGUGUUCCUUCUGUGUUUCGAUGUCAAGAACAGACAAUCCUUAGAGAACAUCUGUAACAAGUGGUACCCGGAAGUGGAAAAAUAUUGCCGUCAUACGGCAACAGUACUCGUUGGUUGCAAGGCAGACUUACGUAAAGGUGCCGGGGAUGAGACAGCAGUGUCCUACAAAGAAGGUUCUGCAUUAGCGAAGACCCUGAGGGUGAAUUACUACGAAACAAGUGCCCUGGCUUUCAAAACUAUUCUGCAAUGUUUCGAGGGAGCCAUCAAGUAUGGAUUAAAGAAUCUUGAAGCCAUGAAGAAGCAAACCGUUUUCAGGAGAUUCAGGAAACCUAUGCUGCUUCGUCCGGCAAUGCCACCCGCAGCCAUUGUAGAUUUGACCCCUUUGCCGGAGAUAGGGGCGUCCGAGUUUGCUGACCACUGGUACCAGCUCCUGAAGGACCCCAAGUUCUCGGACGUCACCUUCCUCCUGGGUGACAGACAUCAACUGGACGCCCACAAGAUCCUCUUGUCCUCAGCCUCAAAGUUCUUCGCCCAAAUCUUACAGUUGCCAUAUACAAGAAAGACCAACCAGCUGACAAAGGUCAAGGAGACAGUGGUCAUCACCAGGGAUGACCUAAACUCAGGCAAGGUGGACGGCAUCACCUUUGUGUCCGACACAGACUGCAAGACCAAGCCAGGUCACGUGACCAUUCAGCUCAGCGCCGACAUCACGGCCGCCAUAUUUACACACGUGUUGGAGUUCCUGUAUACGGGAACUCCCCGACUGCCGGAUGACGUCAGUGAACAACGCCUGGAAGAUCUCACCAGGGUGGCCGAGAUCUUUAAACUCCCCCAUCUGGUGACAAUUUGCCGCAACGUGUUGAACGGUGAAGCAUUCCUCAACCACAGAAUCACCACCUUCUUGAACCACGAGACGGCGUCCAACAUGAAGGAGCUGUAUUUCAACCAGCCAGAGGCAGCUGAUGUCGUUUUCGACAUCGGAGGACGCGAGGUGUACGCUCACAAGGUAGUCCUGACGUCUCGGUGUGACGUCAUGGCCGCCAUGUUUGGAGGCGCUUUUAUCGAGGCUCAACAGUCCGGGAGGUGCAAGGUGAACAUUCCUAACACAACCUGUGAGUGUUUCCUGGCGUUACUGGAGUAUCUCUACACGGACCACGCCCCCAUUGAAGGCGGUGAUGCUGUCGGGAUAUUGGUCCUGGCGGAUGAAUACUGUCAGCCUCGCCUCUUGAACAUGUGUGAGUUGUACAUCACCAAGGAAGUUGACCGGAGCUGUACCAAGAACAUCAAGAAGUCCAAAAUCGACGUCAUCGGUCUCCUUCUGACAUCUCAGCUUCACAACGCCUCCCAGCUGUCUAAAUGGUGCCUACACUUCAUCUCAACCAACUAUAUAGCUUUCUCAAAAAGACCAGAGUUCGUGAUGUUGAAAGGAGACAAUAGGGUCCACGUGGAAGAGAACCGAUGGCCGCCAUCGGCCUACCUCCAGGACGUGGAGGAGUAUGAGAAGAUGGUGGCGAAACAAGGACGAAAGUGUUCGGUCAUGUGAACCGGUGUCAUGUAGAGACUCAUCGUUGGAAGUUAAUGCUGAUCGUGUGUAUGAUAUUGGAAGGAUCAAAUCAGGUGGCGCAAUGCACUUCCCAGCUGGGAGUUAAUGUACCGCCAUUGUUUGGUGUAUAACUGUGAGAAACACAACAGUGAACAGCAGACAGCAGAGAAUAGAUCAACCUCCCACCUUACUCUGCCUGACACGCUGAUCCGAACGUAAAUGGGAACUUCCUGAUGCAAUGUGUUUUUCAAAAACCAUGAGUGUCAAAUUAUAUUCCAGUCUCUUUUGAUAGUCCCAGUUACGUAGAUCGAUGCUCAUAAUGUUGAUCACUGGAUUGUCUGGUCCAGACUCGAUUAUUUACAGACCGCCGCCAUAUAGCUGGAAUAUUGCUGAGUGCGGCGUAAAACAACAAACAAACAAACCAGCUAUGUAUUAAGAUAGCACUUUUUAUCACUGCCCACUUGGUUCCGCAAACUCUGCAUCUAGUUCGUAUGUCUUUUUGAUCAAAUACCUGUGGCUGGAGCAAUCCAAGUAAAACCAUGGAACUUUCAACAUUUAGAAAAAGGUUUACCCAAAACCCUCAAUGUGCUUCAAGGAAACUAAUGUAAAUAUUCCACGUGAAGAACCUUCAUUAGGUGGAGAUGUGGCGGAGUUAACUGUGAAAUAACUGCUAAGUAGCUGUGGUGCAGCCGUGAAGUAUCUGUGAUAAUUCAGUGCAAUAAAUGUGAUAAAAUUGAA